AUGGACGAUCUCCCACGACACCCACUGCUUCAUCCUGGUCCAUUGCACCUUCCACUGGCUAUCUGUACCUUGGUACCUCUCUCUGUUCAUGCUCCCUCCUGUUCCUGUUCCUGCUGCUCCUCCUCUUGCUGUUGCACUUGCUUGCACUUUCCCGGCCUGGCUCUUCGUUUCUGCACUUCUCCUUCCUUCCUGCCGCCAGCUGCACCUACCCUGCCGUCGUUCCCUUCGCGCGAGUCGCCCAACGUCGCAGUCGUCGAAUCUUUUCUCUCGCUCCCCUCCUUUUUUCCCCCCAUCCCAUUCCCUUCUCAGUCUUGCAGACUUCCAUUUCCACACUCACGCUUCUUCCAUCUUCCCCUUGACCUUGCCAUUCGUUCUUUUCCACACACACUUACAAACACACUCACACCCUCGUCAAGGGUCAAGCCGCCACCGUCAACUCGAUCUAGUCCAGCCAGUCCUUUUCUGUCCCAACCAACCGUCUCCCGCUCACGCACGCCAUCAACCAACAGACACACAAUCACACACUCAUACCCCAGCCGGCCCCGUCCGCUCAAUCUGAUAAACCACCUAGAGGUCCUCGAAGCCCGGCGUUUUGACUCCCUCUCAUUCUCUCGCUCCCGCACCGACUCCGGACACAGACAUCAAGCUACUCUUAGCUUACCCGCUCCGAAUCAUUAAAAAACGCCAAAAACACGACGAACAGUCUCCCGAUCGCCGCUCAUAAUAGACAACCUCGGUGACCUUGCCGGCCCAAUCAGUCCCUUCGCCCCAACAAUAGAUCCCGCCGCAAAUAAGCCAGAAAAGAAAGGG